CAACAGGGGCCAUUUCAGACAUGGAGCAAUGGCGAUCCCUGAAGCAAAGCGGUAUACCCGCGCUCUUAGCUGUCCCUGCGCUGCUAUGGUUUGCCCUCUGCUUCACCACAAUGCAGGCGUUAUGUCUGGUGCUGGUAGCUUUCGGCAUGACCAAGGAGUACACUGAAGCAACCAGAUUCUUGAUCAGCGUUCUUCACAGGCCCUUCCUGUACUUGAUGCAGUACUCCAACAGCAGGAUUUAUGUCUACUCUGCCAAGGGUGAUGUCAAGGCAGAGGUCCUGAACACCAUCGGCUUUGAUCAGUCCGUGAUCUUCUCAAAUCAUCGGGGAGAUCUUGACUGGUUGAUCGGCCUGAUGGUGGAGGACAAUGGCGGAGGACUAGGUUGCUGCAAAGCCAUCGUGAAGCGAGAGCUGAUUUUUCUUCCACUCUUUGGCUUCUCCUGGUGGGCAGCAGAUUUCAUUUGCAUCAACAGGAACUGGCAAACAGAUCGGCGUCGAUUGGACGCGGGAUUCAAACGACAACACGACUACAGCCGAUGGGCCAUCCCAUACACAUUGACCAUCUUUCCAGAGGGUACUCGUCUCACCGAAGCCAAGCUGGUGGACAGUCAGGAGUAUUGUAAAUCCAAAGGCUUGCCGGUGUUGAACCACUCAUUGUGUCCCCGUGCGAAGGGUCUUUGGAGUGCAAUCAACAGCAUGAGACUUGAGAAUGUGUAUGAUAUCACCGUUGUGGAAGGUGCAGACAGCAAGAAGGCCAAUGUGCUAACGUUGGCUCAGGGCACCCCUGCAGAGUUCCACGUAUUCAUCGAAAAGAUUUCUCCGAAUGACAUCCCGAAGAAUGAGGAAAAGUUCAGUGCCUGGCUAAUGGAACGAUGGCAAGGCAAAGAUGAACGGAUAGCAAGGUUUCAGAGGGACGGUCAAUUUAUAGAUGCCACUGGUGCAGCAGCAGAUAGGCAGCUUCUUUCGGUGGACUCCAGAUGCGCACAGACAACAUACGGUGCAUUACUGUGGUGGAUCCUGAGCAGCCUCGUUUUCUUUCGCUACUGCGUGAUGCAUGGCUACUUUCGCCUACUUGUUGGGACGGCCUUAGGCCGCUCAGGACCUGUUGAUGGUUACUGCGUUUUUUUUCGAAUUUGGGACAGUGUAUGCCACCCAUUUCAGGUAAAGUUGGGAUGGUUUAUCUGGGCUUAUCUAUUUUUAAUGUUUAGCACAUUACUUUGACCCAGUUGAUGGAGAGAUUCUCGCAAGGCACUCUCCUUUUGGUGGCGCUCAUUGGGGUUGUCAUCCACCAGGUGCAUUUCACUCACUCCGCGCAAGGCAAAAAGACGAAAUAAUUCAGGAGCUGCACGGCAGAUGGCUUUGGAUUCUUGAGACAAUUCAGUGAAUGGACAUCGCAGUGAGACAGCCCGCUUGAAUUGUUUCCCUAUCGACUUCAGGGGCAGGUUUCUUAUGGUUUCUUGGGUUUCUUGCUGCAGUUCCAGUGUGCAAACUAUAGCCGCAGCACUGAGGGGUGCCCUGUGAUGAUUUGCUUCACAGGCAACAGCAGCUUUGCAGCGAACCCACUGGCAGUGCUCGCGUUUUCAUUGGGACUUGGAUGUGACGAUCCCUGAUUGUCAACGAAGAGCUAAGACGAG